AUGAAGUCUAUGAAGGGCCUCAGCAUGAACAAGAUGCUGGGGAGUAUCAAGAAGAAGGCUGGAGGGAGCUCGAACGUUCCCCCGGCGUCGGCUGCGACACACGCUGAGAACCCCGAGGUCACUGCUCACAACAGCGUCACUGAUGAAGUUCUCUUCCUCCCCCCCAUCGUCGAUGCUGCCGAAUCCUCCCCGGCUGCCGCAGCCGAAUGUGCCCGUGUUAUUCGCAAGUUCUUGAGCAAAGAUUAUAGCUCAAGGCCGUCCUGGCAGUAUAAUGCUAUAAUGCUUGUCCGAAUCCUGACCGAUAACCCUGGGGAAACCUUCACGAGGAAUUUGGAUGACAAGUUUGUCGACACAAUCCGAGCUUUGCUGAAGAAUGUCAAGGAUCUCAGCGUAUGGCAAAUAUUAAUGGAAACCUUGGAUGACUUUGAAUAUGCCAAAGCGCACGACCAGAACCUAGCUCCGUUGGUUCUCAUGUGGCAGAAGGAGAAGGAGGCUGCCAUAAAGAAACAUGGGAAUCGACAGCCACCUCUGCCUCCACGGCCCUUCACGACGAACCAGCCGCCGCUCAACCGACACUCUCAAAACUAUUUCGCCAAGGCCCACCAUAACAAUCGCCUUCCUGACCCUGUUGAGCUCUCAUCAAGACUUGAAGAGGCACGGACGUCGGCCAAACUUCUGGAGCAGGUCGUCAUGAACACUUCUCCGGGCGAAAUGCUGCAAAAUGAGCUGAUUAAAGAAUUUGCCGAUCGCUGUCUAAGUGCAUCUAGAAGCCUGCAGGGCUACAUGGUUUCUGAGAAUCCGGCGCCGGAUAACGAAACUAUGGAGAGCCUCAUUGACACAAAUGAGCAGUUGCAGACGGCUCUCAACCAGCAUAAGAGGGCAGUUUUGAAUGCCAGGAAGCAGCUUGGCCUCGGUACCAAUGAAAAUUCUCCAGUUGUCUUGUCAGACAAUUCAGACACCGAAAGCCAUGCACGUCAUAACAAUGCUGAGACAGGCUUAAUGCCUGGUGGUGUGACAACAGGGGCAAUAGAUGCAGGAAAGGGGAAACAGACACAGUCAUACCAUCUGACUCCCACUGGUGAUGGGGAGGCAGUAGCAUCGAGCUCACGCCAAUCACUGAAGGACGAAUCGACUGAAGAUCCUUUUGCCGACCCGCAUCCUGCAGAAGCAAAGGCUGCCGGUGGCUCGUCAACACAGCCUAUGUCCGAAUUUCCGCAUGAACCUUUUCACCCUGGCUUCGGUGGGCCGCUGUCCAGUAACAAUGUCGUUCUAAACAGUGCGGGUAGUUCUAGCUCUCGGUCUGGGCUGGCCAAAGAGCAACCGCCGCAUAACAGGCAUCAAGGCGUCUCCGACGAUGACGAUAUCUAUGAGGCAGCACCAAAGGGCAAGGGCCCCCUGAACAAGGAAUAA